AUGAAGUUCACAGGCAACCUGGACCGAGCUGGCCUCGGUCUGCUCCUCUGCGCGCUCCCCGCGACCGUCGACGCGCACUCGUGGGUCGAGAGGAUCUUCCGCAUCAACCCUGACACCCGCCAGUUCCUCGGCUCCCCUGGCUACGCUCGUGGCGGUGAUUUCCGGGAACUCGUGCCGCAGGGCAUGACGGACGCCGAAUGGAUCUACCGCCUGCCGCUCGACGGUGGCUGGAACGGCGACGAGAACAUCAACAAGCAACCCCUGUCCGCGGCCAUUGCGGACAUGGAGCUCGACGCCAGCCCCGGCGACUGGAUCGCCAUUCAACACCUGGAGAACGGCCAUGUCACCAAGAAAGAACCGGGUCGCCCCCUCAACAGCGGUACACUCUUCCUCUACGGCACGGCCGAGCCCACGGACAAUGACAAGAUCGCCGACAUUCACCUCAAGUGGAACGCGGACGGCACCGGCGGCAACAAGAAGGGCAAGCUUCUGGCCACGCGCAACUUUGACGACCUGCAGUGCUACGAGGGCCGCCCUGCCGGCGCCGAUGACGAGUUGGCCCGCACCCGCGCCAGUGCUAUCGGCACUGACCAGGCCGACAGCCUCCCCUGCCAGGCGGACAUUCAGCUGCCCACCGACCUGGCGCCCAACUCGCGCUACACCAUCUACUGGCUCUGGGACUGGCCCCUUCUCGACGAGACCAAGAUCGACAUGGCCGCCACCGCCGAGGGCAAGUUCCCCUGGUCCGGCAGCUGGGUCCGCGGUGACAAGGACAUUGGCUUUGACCCGGACGUCAUUCUCAACGGCGAGAGCUACACCAGCACCAUUGACAUCAACAUCGUCCCCAGCAUGGGCAAUGCGAGCAUCGGCACCCAGCAGGCCGCGGCCAACACCCUCUUCCAGGGCAAGGCGGAGCCAUACUCUCAGGCCAUCAAGGAGCAGCUCAGCACGGACUAUGGCGUGUCUUUUCCGCAGCCUGCGGCGGGCGACGGUGAAGCUCCUGUCGAGUCUUCUCCUGGCGUCCCAGCUGCGUCAGAGGCCCCCGCCACUCCCGAGGAGUCUGUCGCUCCGCAGCCGGAGGACCCUGUCGCUAGCUGCACUGGUGCGUCCAUGGUGACGCCUGACCCCGUUACGGUGACUGUCACUGUGACUGACACCCCCGCUGCGUCCUGCCCCUCAGCCAUGUCGACAUCGACUGUCACCGAGGUCGUUACCCAGACCACCACGGUCUCGCCCUCGCCCUCGUCCACGUCUACCAGCACGUCCACCGUCAUUGUCGAGGAGACGCAGUAUGUCACCGUGGCGGCUCCCGAGGAGACCCCCGUCGUGGUCAACAACGCUGCCAUGCCCGCCUCCAGCACCCGCGGGGGUUUCAUCCUGCCGGGCUUCAUCGGCCAGGAGCAGCCGUCGUCCAAGUCUACCACGACGACGACUGCUACUGUCGCGUCUAGUGUGCCGACACCUCUGCACAAUCGCGUCAAGUUGCCGUUUGUCGCCUAA